ACGAGAUAUCAUGACAGUGCCCCAGCUGUGCAUGAGGUUUACAGCAUGUACUGUUCGAGUAGGCGGUGUGCUAGUAGUCUGGUUAUUGGAAUUAUUUACUCCCUUCAGAGUAACCGUGAACCUGCUCGAACUAAUCAAUUGGUAAUGCGCGUUUACUUGAAAGAUUCUCGUUGAUCUAAUUUUCACAUUGGACAAUAUGACAGCUUCAUCGAAUUGCAUUGUUCGGGAUUGACAAACAGGUCGAUCCGAUUCCCAUGGGCACCGCCAUGGUCAUCAUAUUGAAGAAUUGGGCGAGUUUGAUCGCAAAUGCCAUAAUUCCUGUGGCCAUUAUCGUCUUUGCUUCGGGGUUCUUUCCUUAUAAGGCCAUGCUUCCUGGCCUCGCGAGGCUCGACGGGUCAAACAGUGCUACUAUACCUCCGGCUAUUUUCGAUAAGGUCAUUUUUAUGGUCGUCGAUGCGCUGCGAAGUGACUUUGUCUAUUCGAAUAGUUCAGGUUUCUUGUUUACGCAAAGGUCAGUUCAAACGCCAUAGCCGGUCAACUUCUGCAGCAUGAGCUCAAAAUGCAUGGCUGAAACAGCUUGAUCCGAACUGGUGCCGCUCUACCUUUCACUGCUCAUGCUAGCGCUCCAACGGUGACAAUGCCUCGCCUCAAGGCGAUAACAACGGGAUCUGUUCCGUCGUUUUUGGAUGCUGUUCUCAACGUUGCUGAAUCCGAUACCACAUCGACCCUCGCAAACCGAGAUACAUGGUUAGCACAGCUGAAAGCGAAAGGUGGCCGGCUUGUGAUGUAUGGGGACGACACUUGGCUCAAGCUCUUCCCCGGAAUGUUUGAUAGGUCUGACGGGACAACGAGCUUUUUCGUGUCGGAUUUCGUUGAAGUAGAUAACAAUGUGACCCGUCAUAUCCCUGACGAGCUGUUAAAUGCUGACUGGACAGCGUUGAUUAUGCAUUACCUUGGUCUUGACCAUAUUGGCCAUAAAUCUGGCCCUAGAAGCCCCUAUAUGAUGUCUAAGCAUCACGAAAUGGAUUCUAUUGUGGCUCAGAUCUAUACAGCUAUGGAAGAAGAAGCGCAUCUUCAAUCCACGCUUUUUAUACUGUGUGGUGAUCACGGCAUGAACGAUGCAGGGAACCAUGGGGGAUCUUCAGCGGGGGAGACUUCUCCUGCUUUGCUCUUUAUCUCCCCUAAAUUCCAGACUCGGGGGGCUCCUAAUGAAAGCCCAUUAGAAGAAGCUGAUGACCUACAAUAUUAUCGAACUGUCGAACAAUCAGACAUCACUCCGACACUAGCUGGGCUUCUUGGGAUUCCUAUUCCUUUGAAUAGUUUAGGUGUCUUCAUACCUGAGCUUCUCAUGAUGUGGGAUCAUGCAUCUCAUAGGGUUCAUAUCCUAUUAGAGAACUCGAGGCAGUUACUGAGGACAGUUCAAGCGACAUUCCCAAGUUACACAUUCGAGCCCUCGUUAGCCCCACUCAACUGUGACCCUCUGUUGCUGAGUGGUGUCGAAGGAGUCGUAUGCGCAUGGUUUCGGGCUUAUGAGGUCCUUCGCGAUUUCCUAGAUACUGGCAGCGUCAAUUCUGAGAUCGAACCUAGUCUUUUACAGUUCUCAAAAACCGCCCAGCGGGUAAUGAGCAAUGCUGCUACUAAUUAUGAUGUUUCCAGGCUUUAUGAUGGACAUUCUAUCUACAUGCGAAAUCUUCCGCACGUCGACAUUGGUUCUCACACUUCGAAGCUGGAUCUAAGAAAGGUCUUGGUCCACUUGCGUUUCUAA